CCAGGAGUUCUGUUGGAUAGACAAUAAAUUGGCUGCGGGGUUGCAACCCUCUCUCUUUUCUCUUUUCCUCUACCUGCUCUCUCAACCCCUACAGGGAACAAGUAGAAAUAUAAAGAGCUCAACAAACCUAUCUGGCUGCUGUUAAAGGAAAAGGACAGAACUUUCUAUCUCUGUUUUUGCGUGGUUCUUAGCACCCUGCCUUGGUCAAAAUGAGUGACACCCUUUUGGAUGACGGGUCCUUCAUGUUCACCUCGGAGUCCGUAGGAGAGGGACACCCAGACAAGAUAUGCGACCAGAUUAGUGAUGCUGUUCUGGAUGCCCACCUGAAACAGGACCCAGACGCCAAGGUUGCCUGUGAGACAGUCUGUAAGACAGGCAUGGUACUGCUGUGUGGAGAGAUCACGUCUCGGGCCAACGUUGACUACCAGAAGGUUGUCAGAGACACCAUAAAACACAUUGGCUACGACAACUCAGAGAAAGGUUUUGACUAUAAGACAUGCAAUGUUUUGGUGGCGCUGGAGCAACAGAGUCCUGACAUUGCUCAGGGCGUCCAUGUCGACAGGCAAGAGGAGGACAUGGGAGCGGGAGACCAGGGCCUGAUGUUUGGCUACGCCACAGACGAGACAGAGGAGUGCAUGCCCCUCACCAUCAUCCUGGCUCACAAACUUAAUUACAAAAUGGCCGAACUCAGACGCAACGGAACAAUCCCAUGGCUCCGCCCGGACUCUAAAACGCAGGUGACUGUGCACUACGAACAGCAAGACGGAGCAGUGAUUCCCAAGAGGGUCCACACCGUGGUCAUCUCUGUCCAACACGACGACUUCAUCAGCCUGGAGGAGCAGAAGAACGUCCUCAAGGAGAAGGUGAUCAAGGCCGUGGUCCCAGCUAAAUACCUGGAUGACAGGACUAUCUACCAUCUGCAGCCCAGUGGACGCUUCGUAAUCGGGGGACCCCAGGGUGAUGCCGGAGUGACGGGAAGGAAGAUCAUCGUCGAUACGUAUGGAGGCUGGGGGGCCCACGGCGGCGGAGCUUUCUCUGGUAAAGACUUCUCCAAGGUGGACCGCUCGGCUGCCUAUGCCGCCCGCUGGGUGGCCAAGUCUCUGGUCAAGGCUGAGCUGUGCAGGAGGGUGUUGGUUCAGGUAUCCUAUGCCAUUGGAGUGGCCCAUCCCCUGUCCAUUUCCGUUUUCACCUACGGCUCAUCACAGAGGUCAGAGAAGGAGCUCCUGCAGAUUGUCAACAAGAACUUUGACCUAAGACCUGGUGUCAUUGUCAGGGAACUAAACCUGAAGAGGCCAAUAUACCAGAACACAGCUUGUUACGGACAUUUUGGCCGGAGUGAGUUCACCUGGGAAGUCCCUAAAGUGCUCAAUUUCUAAACAUGCCCAAUGGUAAUCUGAUAACAAUAAUAUAACAAUAUGACUAUAGAAUACAACUACUAAACAUGACUCAUAAUCAAAUAUUCAAGCAAUAUGGCACUAGAAGUUGUGUUGUAUCAUGAAUACAGUCUCAGAUAAAUGGUGUCGGGUCAGUCAACUGGAGAUUUCUUUUUUACCAGCAAUUUUUGUUCAAACGAUUCUUUUGCAGGUAUGUUAGAUACUUUUUCACAGAAGAUGAUACAUUUAUGCAGUUAGGAAACAAUUCAUUAUAGGACGGAUGUGUUCUAAGCGCAUUUUUCUGCAGGGUGCCUUCAGGUAUUACAAAAUAUAAUAAUUACGACAGCUAAGCUAAUUUAACCGAUUUGAAUGUGUAGUUUACGCUAUAACCUAAUUUCUGGCUUUUCAUUUGGUGAUUUGACCAUUUUCUUCUGGCAUUAUUCAUAAGCAUUUUAAACAAAGAGCCGUUUGGGAGCCAAAUGAGCAGGCUCUUUCGGGAAAAUAAAUUACACAAGGCGGCUCACUAGUUAUGACUCGGGAAUGCCCAUCACUACAGUCAGCUCAUUUACCUGUGACUUUAUUCACGAUACAGUACUGAAUCGUACGCCUUUAUUGCUUCUAUGAUUCGUUACCAACAUUCUCAUAUAAAACAUUGAAUUAAUAUUUUAAUUAACACGUUAUUUUGAUACAUAAAAGUCAACUCUUCUAGAAUAUAUAGUCCGUAUCCUACUGUGAACGGUAUUGUUAGUUCGCUCACGGUUACAUGGAGCCAGGGGACUUGGCAUAUCAAAGGUGACAAUAAUCUUCCGAAAUCAGGCAUGAACCGAGUUAGGCUUGAAUGAACCCCACGGCACAAAACUGUAUGCUAGUCAAGAAACAAGAUGAAAUAAUGUGGAAGUGGAUACAAAAAAAGACAUAAUUUGGACAGCUGCGUGAACGUCAUCAAACUAUUAUGUAAGUACAGUGAUCAAUUUCAGAUGGAACUGUUAGGCGGUCAGUGUGUUUUAAUGGUUCGGUUUUUGGGUAUUGUUUGGAUUAAGGUUUGGGUUUAGGAUAAGUGUAAAGAAUAAUGUACCGAAGUAUUCACGCACACUCUGGGGAAUGGAUUUCGUGGGCAGGUCUGAAUCAAACAAAAAUACAAAAGAAGUAAACAAAUCAAAUAAACUAGAUAGUAGCCUAAUGAAUUUAGUUAAUAAUUGAGAAGGAACAUGUAAUACAGCAUUUAGCUUCUAAACUGUGAAUAUACUGUGUAUAAUAGAGAUUUCAUUCCAGCCACUCUGUCCAUAUCGCCUCAAGAUGGUGCUAUAAAUCCUGUUUUUGUCAUCCAAAAAAGGGGAAUAUGUACGUAUCUGUAAAUUUAAACCACACAUAAUAUAAAAUAAAAUAAAAAUCAGGAGAAUUUUCUAAUCUAAUUUUCUAAUAUUAGAUGGGAGAUCAUCCUCUAAUAUGGUACCAUGCAUCAAAGUUAUUUCCAUUAUUUGUAGCUUUUGAAGAUUAAAUCUAUAUAAAGUUUUACAUUCGGUAAUGUCAUAAUACUUCGUGAUAUUCUUUUUUACAUUGUAUUACCAAUACCAAUAUGCUGGUCUCUUAUCCCAGGUAGGUGUUGGGAAAUAUACUAUACCUCUUACCAGUUUGCGUAUUGACCAAAUCUAGCAGUAAAAAUAGCAUUGCAGAAUAACGUUUUAUAACCGAUUAUAAGGUAUCAUCACGUACGUUUUCUAUGGACAUCUGUAGAGCUGCUGCUGGGAUCUGUCUUACUGUAAACAACAGUUACUGCGUUAAAUAAAUGAUAAUCAUUUGAACUCAUUUGGCUGGCGGACAGUAGAUAAGGUUUAAUGUAUGUAGUGUUUUGAUGUAAUUAUGAGUUAAUCGUUUUUGAUUAUUUGUUAUGAAUAGUUUAUUAAUAGAUUGUCAACAUGCUGCCCACGGUAGGCAUAUUAUUUUGUGGACCAUUAACAUCUUAAAAUGUCUAUAUUUGUACAAUUGUAUAUGCCUGAGGUGAUGCUUUCUGAGGAAAAUAUUGUUGAGCUUGACAAACAAAUAUGAAAUAUUUUUUUUCAUGUCAAUAUCCCUCUUCUCAGCGUUACCGCAUCUUGUGUAUUUCUUUCCGUCAUCCAUUUUCUUUUUUCAAACAAUACAUCACUAAAGUCUUACUUGAAAAACACUAAUCUGCUGCUUUUCUAUCUCUCUUAGUAUAGAUGAAAUCAAUAUUGCAGAUUUUUGUCUGUUUUGUCUUCCUGUGGCUGGGCCCAGUCUCCUCUCUAAGGACCUAGUAGAGAAAUAGUGUAUUAAAACAAUUCAAAUAUCAUCUCAUCUCAGCUGUCGUAAAACCUGUCCUAAGGUUUGUUCUGUCCUAUCCUCUGUACCUGGUAGCUUCUCACUACUCAUAAUGUUUUACUACGAAAUGUAAAUAAUUGUUGACAAUAAAAAAGAUUUUAAAAGUC